AAGCGCGCGAGUUGUAAGCCAAAAUCAAGUACUAACCAUUUCCGGCUCGCUUCCAUUUCUGAGCAAAUAGCGAAAAGUUUGCAGCAGAAUUUCCAGCGGGAAACUAACCAUUUUCUUUGCGGGCCAUGUUCUCACCAGUAUUUCCCUCAGCACAAAUUUCUGUUUUUGAGCUUCAAUCUCGUACCCUUUUUGGAGCUCAUCCAGACACGAAGCAAUUCCAAAGAACACAGAGCCACAAAACCAUCCCUCGUUUUACCGGCGAAAACUCAUCUUGUUUAUCCGAUUACCGCACUUCCUGCACACUCCAGACAGACCCCGGAAGCCCAGAUGACUACAACGGCGCCACUUGUUUUAACCAUUCGCUAGUUGUUCCUGAGUUCCGUUUAGCUGCCAAAUGGCUUCAAUCUUCUCGCAACACCAAAGAAAUUAAGAAAAUCCACGCAUGUAUUUUGAAGUGUGUGAACGAUUUAGAAGUUUUUUGUUACAAUAAUUUGAUUUCCCAGUAUAUAAAACAUGGUAGGUUGGUUCAAGCUAGGAAUGUGUUUGAUAAAAUGUCGCAGAGAAACGUUGUUUCUUGGACAGCUAUGCUUAAUGGGUAUAUAAUUUUUGGGCUAUUCAGUGAUGCUGCGAGGCACUUUAUGGAGUUUGCUGAAAAUGGGAUCCCGUGGAAUUCCAAAACUUUUGUCUGUGUGCUGAACUUAUGUUGUAAAAGGUUGGACUUUGAACUUGGCAAGCAAGUACAUGCUCGUAUGCUAAAGGGUUGUUUUAGUGGGUUGAUAUUGGAUAGUGCCGUAGUGUAUUUUUACGUGCAGGGUGGUGAUCUGGAAAAUGCUUUUCGUGUGUUUAACUGGAUGAAUAAGAGGGAUGUUGUCUGUUGGACAACUAUUAUUACUGCCUGUUCACAGCAUGGGAGAGGAGAGGAGGCUUUUCAGAUGUUUUCAAGGAUGUUAGCUGAUGGAUUCGAGCCAAAUGAAUAUACAGUAUGCAGUGUCUUGGAUGCUUGUGGGGAGGAAAUGGGGUUGAAAUUGGGGAAGCAAUUGCAUGGGGCCAUUGUUAAGAGGCAGUAUAGAAUGGAUAUUUUUUUGGGGACUUCACUUGUGGAUAUGUAUGCAAAGUGCGGAGAAAUGGAGGAUUCAAGGAUGGUGUUUGAUGGGAUGAGGAAGAGGAACACGGUGACAUGGACAUCUCUUAUUGCAGGAUAUGCUCGUAAUGGGCUUGGUGAAGAAGCCAUAAGACAGUUCAGGGUGAUGCAGAGACGGAGGAUAGCUGCAAAUAACUUGACCAUGGUAAGCAUUCUUAGGGCAUGUGGCUUACUUGGGGCCUUACAAAUGGGAAAGGAGGUCCAUGCACAAGUCUUCAGGAAUCAUGUCCAAGGCAAUAUUUUUAUAGGGAGUGCCCUCGUGUGGCUGUACUGUAGAUGUGUCAAUUAUUCAGCUGCAUCUAAGGUCCUCCAGGACAUGCCCUUAAGAGAUGUAGUUUCAUGGACUUCCAUGAUUUCCGGCUGUGCUCGUCUUGGCCAUGAGCAGGAAGCUCUUGAGUACUUGAAAGAGAUGUUGGGAGAGGGUGUGGAUCCCAAUUGUUUUACUUAUUCAUCAGCUCUGAAAGCAUGCGCUCAGUUGGAGGAUAUUAGACAAGGGAAACUGAUUCACUCUAGUAUAAAUAAGACUCCUGCUUCUUCUAAUGUAUUUGUAGGCAGUGCUUUGAUCCAUAUGUAUGCAAAGUGUGGACAUCUUGCUGAGGCAAUCCGUGUCUUUGAUAGCAUGCCAGAGCGAAAUUUGGUUUCUUGGAAGGCGAUGAUAAUUGCUUAUGCCAGAAAUGGGCUCUGCAGAGACGCUUUUAAGCUCAUGUACCGGAUGCAAGCUGAAGGCAUUCAGUUGGAUGACUACAUUUUUGCUACAGUGCUUACGGCCUGUGGAGAUGUUGAAUGGGAUGUGGAAUCUGUUUUGAAGCAUGGUUUUGAUUCCUCUAGAUCCUUCGUUUAAGCAGGAGUUACUUCUCAUUAGAGAUUUGUGAGACUUUUUUGGUCAACCGCGUAUAUUGAACGAUUAACAAUGUGGUUCCUGUCUGUGAUGGAACAGAAGUUUGAUAAAGCCGAUGGCCUGAUAAUAGAACUUGGGAACCCUGCCUGGAUUUGACGCUUGUGGAUUAUUGGAAUCCCUGGUAUUACAAGACAACCUUCUCUCUAUGGAAAGGAUAAACUAUGUGAAGGAGAUGACAUAAUCCCCUCUUGUCAAGCAGGCAAUAGAUUUAAUGGAGUUGCUUCUGGAGGAAUCUGGUAAUGUGGCAAGGACAAAAGGAACUUCAGAUGCUACUCUAACUUGUAAGAAUGAGCUGUUGUACAGUAAUUUUCCUGUAUUAUUUAUGACGUGUCGACCACGAGAGAUUACAGAACUAUUAUAGACUGGGAAAUAUACCAAGUUAUAAUUCUUUGAAUUUGUCAAAGUAUUCAAGGCAAAAUCUCUUCUAGUUACCCAUUAGACAUAACCGUCUCCUUUCAGUUUUAAGUUUCUCA